CCCGAUUUUGAAAGUUUGCUAUCGCUUCGUGAGCCUGAAAACAUCACAGUAUCACUGAACUGAAAUAAACAGGGACUGCCAAAGAUUAAUUUUUAAAUUACUUUAUUAGGCUUAGCUUCAUUGGCUACAUUUCUACGAUAUUCAUAAAACUCCCAAACUAACGAAGGAUUUGCGGCAAAAGCUUCUGGAGUAGCAAGACUUUGUGCUUGGUAUUUCCGCCAAAAACCACCUGCACCUCUAAAGGUUGGAAUUCCAGAUUCCGCUGAAAUCCCGCUUCCAGUUAAUAUCAACACAUUUCUUGAACUUUGUAAAAUCUCUCGAAACGAUUUCAUGAUAUUCAUACUUCACAUCUAAGUAUAAGACACACAACUCGACAUCAGCUGAUUUUGUAUAUAGUAAAUACGAUUGUGACGUCAAGUUGGUUUAUAAAUUUAAAAAGUGGUUAACUUUGUGAGCUUGGUUACAUCAUGUUUUAACACAUUUUCUAAAAUGAAAAUUACCAUAACAAAUUAUCCUGUGAGAAAGAAGUUAUCUUUUUUAUUAUAAAGUUUCGAAAUACUUUACUCGUCUGUACAAAUUGCGUCUUACGAAGGUUAAUCUCAAAUGAAGAAACAUUGAACGUACCGUUGUUUAAAAAUGUUUAUUAAAAGUUUUUUAAAGAAAAUAUCGAAUGUAUCAGGACCCAUACGUGCAAAUAAUUCCUUUGGAAAUUAUAAAAUUGUUGAACCAUGUACAGUUACAGAGAUUAGAAAAGUGCCAGAAUAUAUACCUAAACCAUCUUACAGCGAAUCAUCUAUACCUACAGAAGGUCCUAAAGAGCCAGAAAUUAAGGACAAAAAUCAAAUACAAUGUAUGAGAGAUAGUUGUUACUUUGCCAAAAAAGUAUUGACUCAAAUCAAACAGUAUAUAAAGCCUGGUGUAACUACAGAUGAAUUAGAUGCAAUAGUACAUGAAAUGAUCAUAAGUAAUGGAUCUUAUCCUAGUCCACUUAAUUACAUGGGAUUUCCAAAAUCAAUAUGUACAAGUAUUAACAAUGUAGCAUGCCAUGGAAUUCCAGAUAUUCGACCAUUACAAAGUGGAGACAUAUUCAAUAUCGAUGUAACAGUUUUUUUAAAUGGGUAUCAUGGAGAUUGUUCUCAAACAUUUGAAGUAGGAGAAUGUGACGAAGAAGCUAAACGAUUAAUAAGCAUCACAGAAUUGUGUUUACAAACAGCCAUUGAUAUCUGUAAACCAAAUGAAAAUUUUUCUAGUAUAGGAGAUAUUAUCGAAGAGACUGCAUCUAAGAAUGGAUAUGUUGUGGUGCCAGCAUUUGCAGGCCAUGGUAUUGGUACAUAUUUUCAUGGACCACCUGAUAUCUUACACUUUGCAAAUCAUAAUCCUGGGAAAAUGCAGCCAGGAAUGACAUUUACCAUUGAACCAAUUUUAAGUCAAGGUACUAAGGAAAUCGAAAUUUUAGAAGAUGGGUGGACAGCUGUUACAACUGAUAAUUCUCGUACCGCACAAGCGGAACAUACUAUUUUAAUUACCGAUACCGGCUGUGAUGUGCUAACUCGUUGACUUUAGAAAGGUAUUUCCUAGAUAUAGGUAUCUAUAUAAUUUCAUGUAUAAUAUUACUGUUUCUAACUACAA